AUGUCUGCAUCUGCAAGGAAAGCUAUUGGAUCAAAUGUCUCACCGCAGGUAAUGAAGAGGAUCAUGCAGUCUUCCAGCCGUAACAACGACACCGCCUCGAUAGACUGUGUCAACGCUACGAGUGACGGGAAAGGAGGAGACCGACGUGAUGAAGAGAUUGUUGACUUGGUGGAAGAAGAAGGAGAAGAAGACGGAGACAGCGAAGACGAAGACGAAGACCAGGUCACCGAGACAGGGUCAGCGCAAAGCGAACGGGGAAAACAACCAGUCUUCCACCAUGAGAUCUACAAUCGCUUGGUGCACUUGAUGAGCAGCCAAGGGGCCUACACCUACGAGCCGCCAGACCAUGGUAUCGGUUCCAUGGACAUCACAUCUUUCCACCCAGGCCAGCGUGACUGGAGUUCCACUCGAGCUCACAGAGCCCCAAUCCUCACCCUGUGGUCUGAGUCCCCCAAAUCAGCCCCAACCUACCCCAUCGGCUAUCUGCUCUUCAACGGGCGGCUGAUGGUUGACUACGCCGGAAACCCCAUCAGAGCCUUCCGGAAUCUGCCCCUCGCAAUCUCCUCCGCCGUCAAAGGCUUCCGACUCGAGACCUGGAUCCGACAGGACAUCCACCGUCUGCGCAUUGACGACAUCCUCGCCAGACUCCGGACACGGAACACGCCGAGCGGUCGGCAGCCAUUGCAGAGACGGGGAGAUCUGACGGAUCGAACGAACGUCUUCAGGUCGAAGUCGGGACUCGUCACGUUUCGCCCACGCAAUGAGGCCGCCAAACUCGCGGCCAGAGCGUACAUGGAUUCGCUCCGUACGGCGGCGCAGAGAGCGAGUAAUCGGGCCACCGAUCGGGAUCUGACGCCCGAUCAACUCGCUACUCUCAAGGCGCUCAGCAAGAGGGUUUCUAUAAACGCAGCUGCUGGAUCGAGUGCAAGUGUGAAUGCUAGCUCUCCCAACACAGUUUCCGAUCCUGCCAGCACUGUCUCACCUACCUCUCGACCAUCUCGUCAUCGUCACCCAUCUCCAGCUCCUCAACCUACACCAGCUCCUCCCACGACCCCAGCACCAACGCAACCUCUGCCAGACCCACGUGACGACGUGCCCCAAACGUGCAAAGAGGCAUAUAUCCUCAGAGACGCCCUCGAAGAAACAGUCGAGCAUUUCAAAAAGCUCACUGGACAAAACCCGAAGCCCACCGCUACCACCAAAAGCUACUCUUCACAAUGGAACGCGCUGCAGGCGCAAUUUGCUCCCAUCUGGAAGUCACAGAGGCCAGCAGAAGAGACACCGUUUCUCUUCAAGCUUCGCGCAUGGACUGGUGGUAUCGGUCGCUGGGCCUACGAUUGGCGGACGCAGGUGGGCGGUGAGGAGAGAGACAGGGAGGGUGAGAUUUUUGGUAGAUACAUGGAUGCCACGCACGGGAGCACCGCCUACCUUGGGCCAGAUGGAAGCUGGCGAUCGGUGAGGGAUACUUGGUGUAAUUCUCGUUUCAAGCCUACCGAGGGCCGACUGGGUCGGAGAGAUUCAACAAGUGAAGAGGAGGGUUCUGAGGGAGAUUCUGAGAAGGAUUGUGACGACGACUUUGAGGACACUGAGUAUCAUGAUAGCAAUCCCUCUGUUUCAUUUGAGAGACAUGAUAACUUAGCGGGGAGCUUGGCGCCCAAGAGCUACAUGGAGUAUAGUCCGAGUCGUUUUAUAUAG